AUGAUUGUUAGAAUCAAACAGGUUUUCCAAGGUGUUAAAUUAACAUAUUACAACAAUGCAAACAAAUUGGCAACUAUUGAUGCAUACAAGAAAUAUUUGACUGAUAGAAACAAAUUCACUGUCAUGUUACAAUCAGAUUUCAAUCUUCCAUCAUUGUCUGCAACAUGGGUUGGUGUUACAGAUGGCUGUUUUUAUCCACCAGAAACUAACCAAUAUAGAUUCAUUUCAAACCAUGAUGAAGGUUGCAUGAUUUACGUAUCUGAGAAUCCAUUCAAUGAUGAUAUGGAUCUCGAUAAAAAUCAACAAGUUUUAUAUUACAACGGUUACGGUGGAUGGAACAAGAACAACGGUAAAUUUGUUAAUCUUAUAAAAGAUCAAAAGUACUAUAUCAGAUUCAUUAUCAACAAUAUUGGUGGUUCAGGUUAUGGUCAAAUUGGUUACGUUCACAAUUCAACAGAUAGUAUCAGAUAUCUUACUGCAGACAGAAUCUGGUUACCUGGAGCUGUUCCUGGAGAAACAGAUCAGAAUCCAUUCAUGCCGAAGAUAGAGAAUGAUCCAACAUUAGGUAUUUUCUGGGAUAAAGAAGUAAGAAUCAAAUAUCCAUCAGAUAAUUUCAAAUUAUUGAACACUUUGCCAACAGAAAAUCCAACAGCUAAUUUAAGUGCACUUUUGUUUGAUGGAGUCACAUCAAACCAACAACAAUCGAAUGUAGUCCAAGAACUUCCAAUUGAAUAUGAUAUUGAUUUCGGUCAAGAACUUACAUUUGAUAGAUUAUACAUGCCACAAGGAACAAAGGCAAUCAACGGAAAUGCAACAAUUACAUGUGAUGAAAAUGUUAUUUAUGAUAAUGUUUUCUCUUCAACAAUAACAUUUGAUAGACCAUAUUAUUACAGAAAUGUUAAAUUAACUAUCAAUUCAAAUAGAAAUGGAAACUACUCCUGGAUUGUAGAAAUCCAACCUAUUUUGCUGAAUUUUGCAACAUCAAGGAAUAUUAUUCCAGCAACACACACCAAUUUCAAGAUUAUUGGUGAUGGUAAUUUGACAAAAGAAGGUUUGUAUUAUAACGGAAAAGGAUGGAAAUUACAAGAAAAUGCAAAUCUCACAUUCUCAGUUGAGUUAAAUGAAACAGGUGAUAGCAUCGGAAUCAUUGGUGAUAAAUCACCUUAUGGUGGCAAAUUUGAUGUUUAUCUUGAUACAAAAUACCAUGGAUCUGUUGAUACAUCUUAUAUCUUUGAUGAUAUAAAGGGUAACUUAAUUACAACUGCGAUGUUCCAGCAACCUUUAUAUUCUAUCAGAAAUUUAGUCAACAAAUCUAACCAUGUUGUUUCAAUGGUUGUGACAUCCGGAAGUGUCGGAAUUGCUGGUAUUCUUGCUGAUGGUAAUUUGGUUCCAGUGGUUGAACCAACACCAGGACCAACACCUGAUCCUACCUCAACAUCAGAAGUUGAAACAUCUUCAUCAUCUUCAACUGAUUUUGAAACAUCCUCAUCAUCAACAUCAUCAUCAACAACUUCAUCAUCAGAUGAAACAUCUUCAUCAACAACAUCAUCAGAUGAAACAUCUUCAUCAACAACAUCAUCAGAUGAAACAUCUUCAUCAUCAUCUUCAACUGAUAUUGAUACUUCUUCAUCAUCAGCAUUAUCAUCAGAAGUUGAAACAACUUCAUCAACAACUGUUGAAACUUCUUCUUCUUCAGUUGAAGCUUCUUCACCAUCAGUUGAAACAUCUUCUUCAACUGAUAUUGAAUCUUCUUCUUCUUCAACAUUAUCUGUUGAGAAAUCACCUUCUUCAUCAUCAUCUGUUGAAACACCCUCAUCAUUAUCAUCUGCCGAAACACUUUCAUCUACUUCAUCAUUCUCUGUUGAAACAGCCUCAUCAACAACAUCAUCAGUUGAAGCAUCAUCAUCAGUUGAAACAUCAUCACCUGUUGAAACUUCUUCUUCAUUUGUUGAAACGCCAUCAUCAUCUUCUUCAUCUGUUGAAACAUCAUCAUCUGUUGAAACUUCUUCUUCAUCUGUUGAAACAUCAUCAUCUGUUGAAACAUCAUCACCUGUUGAAACAUCAUCACCUGUUGAAACGCCAUCAUCAAUAGCAUCAUCAAUAACAUCAUCAGUUGAAACAUCAAUAACAUCAUCUGUUGAAACAUCAAUAACAUCAUCAGUUGAAACAUCAAUAACAUCAUCAGUUGAAACAUCAAUAACAUCAUCUGUUGAAACAUCAAUAACAUCAUCUGUUGAAACAUCAUCAUUUGUUGAAACACCAUCAUCAACAACAUCAUCUGUAGAAACAUCAUCAUCUAUUGCAACUUCUUCUUCUUCAUUUGCUGAAACACCAUCAUCUUCUUCUUCAUCAGUAGAAACAUCUUCUUCAUCAUCUUUCAUAGAAGUUGAAACACCAAUGCCAACACCAGUUGUUGAAACUCCUCAACCAGAAGUCCAAACACCAUCUCCAACAAAUUCUGAUAUUUCUCCACCAGAACUCCCAAUCCCAACUGCAACACCAGAACAAAAUAAUAAUGAUAAUCUUGUUGAUAGAAAUGGUAGCAAGGCUGCAUCCCUUGGUAUCGCCCUCGGCAUUGUAGUUCCAUUAGUAGUCAUUUGUAUUGGUGUUGUUUUAUACUUCAUCUUCAGACAUCGCAAAGGAAAAUCCUUUGAAAGGCUUGACAAUGAAGAUGAAGCUGCAAUUGAUCUUUAA